AUGAUCACUUUAAAUGCAUACAGUGAUAUGAUAUUCGUGGGCAUUAUACUAAUUGGAGCUAUCUUUUGUGGCAUUAUAAAGUCCGGUUUAGCAUCGAGAUGGGCUGAUGAUAAACCACUAGUGGAGAAGGCAGUUAAGGCUGAUAUUACUUCUAAUAAUAAUGAGGAUCCUUUCAAGAAGCGGGCAUUUAAGUUGAAGAAUCAUGAAGUUUCAGCGAAUGGUGUUGAGGAUAAGAUGGAUAGAUCUGAGAUGGAUCUAGAAUCCAAGGGGUAUAGCAAUGUUGGGGAUGAGGAAGAUGAAGAUGAAGAUGAAGAAUUUCACCCUGUGCCCAAAAAUCAACUAUCUAAGGAAACGCAACGUUUAUUCCCAGUUGAGACUUCCGAUCGGUUAGCUGAAACAGGCAAGGAGAGUCAGUCCAAGGGAUUGGCAAAGGGAAAGGGUGGUUCUGAUAAGAUGGAAAAGUCUGAAAAGUAUGAAAAGUAUGAAAGGUCUAAAAAGUCCGAAAAGUCUGAAAAAAGCACAUUUCUUCCGUCAAGGUGGGCAGAUGCACCUGCAAAGACAACCAGAGUACAUACAGAGCAACUCCUUACACCACCUCCAUCUUCAGAAGCUCACAGGAGGGCAGGAGGUACUAAUCACAGAAAGAGAGACACGAAAUAUUCACGAGAGCAUGUUUCUCCUGAAAGACAGCAGAAGGCCUCCAAGGAUACUGAUAACAGCCAUAAAUCCUCUUGGGGUGGAAACGGGACUACGCUCGCCGACAUGAUACGAAAUUCGGUGCCUCAGAAGGAGAAAAGCAAGAAUGUAAAGUCUAGAAACGACAGGAAACAUGAAAAUGAGCAGAAAGAAGACAAGCGGGACGGACAUCGCACAUUUGGAGGUCAUGAUGCAGACAGAAAGUUUGGAAAGAGGCAUUCUAGAGCUGAAUUAGACAGACGUGCGAAUUCUCACAAAGAGAAAGGUGGAUUAUCAAGCCGAAAUCAUUCCAAGAGGAAUAAUGGUAGAAGGGUAAGCUUUGAAGAUGAUCUACCUAGAGAGCAGAGACGGCACUCUAAAAGAGGCAGCCAGAAUACAGAUGGUGCAUUUUUCAGAGCUCCAUCUAAGCAAACACAUCAAAAGAAACCGGAAAAGAAGAUGAGUCAGGAACAGAUGAACGAGGAGUUUAAUGCAUUGAAGGAGGAGUUCGGUGCGAAGACAAACUGGGCUGAUGAUGACUUCCAGAUUUAA